AUGGCGGCGCAAUCGACGCUGCGGCAGUCGGCCGCCGAGGAGGCCAUUGCCGCCUUCAUCGACCAGUACUCGACCCUUGUUCGCGACCGGCUGCGCAAGACCUCCCGGGUGACGCGCCUGCUGGCUUCUCUGGCCCUGGCCGCAUCCAUCAUUCUCGCCGGCACGGGCGCCCGGCGCUGGUGGAAACGCAAGCGUGCUGAGCGGGAGCAGGGCAUGCGCCUAGUACGCAAGAACUCGUGGCUGCAUAACAAGGAUGGCUCCCGAACAAUCUAUGUGCCUUACAAAAAUGGCACCUCCAAGGUGGUUAUUCACACCACCAAGCCGCUCACCUUCGAGGCCCAUCGCCGUCUGUUCCUUAACCCACCACGGAUGGCAGGCAUGGCUGAGAGCACUGUCCCUCCGCCCCAGGCAAAGCCCGGUAUCAACCUCGCCUUCUUGCACCAGUUUCUCAGCUUGCUGAGUAUCAUGAUCCCGCGUUGGACGAGCAAGGAGGCCGGUCUGCUGGCCACCCAUGGUCUAUUUCUGAUGGUCCGCACUUACCUGUCGCUCAUAGUGGCUAGACUUGACGGUGCCAUCGUUCGGGACCUUGUCGCCGGCAAUGGCAAGGGGUUUCUGUGGGGGUUGAUCAAGUUCCUUGGGCUCGGUAGUGUCGCAGCCUACACGAAUUCCAUGAUCAAAUUCCUUGAGAAUAAGGUGUCGAUUGCCUUCCGCACGCGCCUUACUCGCUACAUUCACGAUUUAUACCUGAACGAUAACCUCAACUACUAUAAGCUGCAUAACCUGGAUGGCGGCAUUGGUUCUAGUGCGGACCAAUACAUCACUCAAGACCUCAACAAGUUCUGUGAAGCUGCCGCGACUCUCUAUUCAUCGCUGGGCAAGCCGUUCGUUGACUUGAUCGUCUUCAACUACCAGCUGUACCACUCUCUUGGUCCCCUCGCGCUAACAGGUCUCCUGAGCAACUACUUCCUCACCGGGGCUAUUCUUCGCAAACUCUCCCCGCCCUUCGGUAAGCUGAAGGCCAGCGAGGGCUCGAUGGAAGGAGAAUUCCGUUCAAGCCACUCCCGCCUCAUCGCUAACUCUGAAGAGGUGGCUUUCUACCGUGGCACCGAGUACGAGAAGGCGACGCUCAACAAGCAGUUCACCAAGCUGAAGAAGUUCAUGGAACACGUCUAUCUACUCAAGGUUAGGUACAACAUUCUGGAGGACUUCAUCUUAAAGUACAGCUGGAGCGCCUACGGAUACCUCCUUGCUUCCCUCCCGGUAUUCGUCCCAGCUCUGGGCGGUUUCACCGGUCAGACGGAGCGUCUCGCUCGCCACGACGAUAUGGGAGGCCGUGAGCGCUCUCGCAUGAAGGACUUCGUCACCAACAAGCGUCUUAUGCUGUCACUAGCCGACGCCGGGGGUCGCAUGAUGUAUUCCCUCAAGGAUCUGUCCGAGCUAGCCGGCUACACGAGCCGUGUGUAUAACCUCGUUUCGACGCUGCAUAGAAUCCACGCGAACGCUUACUACGGCCGCAAUAACGAGCUGUACUCGCUUUCCGACAUCUCUGGCCCCAAUGGCGUCGGCAAGUCAGCCAUUGCGCGCAUCCUGGCCGGCCUCUGGCCCGUCUACCGCGGCCUAGUCAGCCGGCCAAAGCUGAACGGUGAGGACGGCAUCAUGUUCCUCCCCCAGCGUCCCUAUCUCAGCGUCGGCACGCUGCGCGACCAGGUCAUCUACCCGGACGGCGAGGCCGACAUGCGAGAGAAGCGCAAGAACGAGUGGGAUCUGCGCCGCGUGCUCGAGAUGGCGCGCCUCGGGUACCUGCCCGACCGCGAGGGCGGCUGGGAUACCCGCAAGGAGUGGAAGGAUGUGCUCAGCGGCGGCGAGAAGCAGCGCAUGGCGAUUGCGCGGCUGCUGUACCAUGAGCCGAGGUACGCCGUUAUUGACGAGGGUACGAGCGCUGUCUCGAGUGAUGUAGAAGGGUUGCUGUAUGAGACUUGCAAGGAGAAGGGCAUUACUCUCAUCACCAUUUCCACCCGCGCCUCCCUCAAGAAGUACCAUGUCUGGAACCUUACCAUCGGCAUGGGUGAGAACGGCGACCAGUGGGAGCUGAACCGUAUCGGCACAGAGCGCGAGAAGACGCACUACGAGCGCGAGGUCCAGGAGCUGCGCGAUAAGCUUGCCCAGGUUGAGAACUGGCGCCGGCGCUAUGCUGAGAUUGAGCGCGAACUUAACAGUGUUUGGGUUGCGGGUGAGGAUGAGCCGACACCAUCCGAUACGGCGGUCGCUGAGGAGGAAGUGCAGGCCGCCGAAGACAAGGAGGAGGAGGCUGCGCCUGAUCCUGAGUCUCCUCUGAUGCCGGAGUUGGUGCCGGUUCCGGAGGCCGAUCUCCAGGCUGAGGAGAAGCAGGUUACGCAUGAGGAGAUCGAACGCGAGGUGAAAGAGCAAAUGGAGCAGGCUCAAGAGGAGCAGGAAGAGAAGAAGACUGCUGCUGCUGAGGAGGAGGGCCAAAGGACUGAGACUGAGGCUGACGAGACGCAGGAUGAGUACCAGGAGGCACAGGAGGACUUGAAUAAUGAUUCUUCAGAUACUGAGACCGAGGGGGCGAGCGGCAGUGGUAGUGGCAGUGGUGCGGGGAGUUCGACGGUUGUUGUUUGA